UACCAUACAACAGUAGAAGUAAAAACUUACCAUAAUUUUCUUGUGUGUGUGUAAGAGAGAGAGAGAUAGAGGGUAUAGUUAAGUGUGAAGAAAAUGGCAAGGUGGAAUAUAAUGUUUGUGUUUGUACUUGUACAUGUUGUCACUGCAAGAAACAUUCCUCAAGUGGCCAAACCUAAUGAACCUGUGACUCAGGUUCAGCAUCAGGGUGCAACGGUAAACACCGUGGUUAUAAGUACAGCACCAACACCUAGCGCAGGACUUGAUGACAAAAAGAAUUUCAUCUCAUUUGGAGGGGUUGGUGGCUGGGCAGGAAUUGGUGGCUAUGCUGGUGUGUUGCCUACUUUUGGUGGCAUUGGUGGCGCUGGUGGAAUAGGCGGUGCUAGUGGAAUCGGAGGGCUAGGUGGUCUUGGUGGACUUGGUGGUGGUGCUGGUGGCUUUGGUGGUGGUGUUGGAGGACUUGGUGGUGGUGGCGGUGGUGGUGGUGUAGGUAUUGGUGGUGGAGUUGGUGGUAUCGGUGGUAUCAAACCCUAGAAAAUUUUAAAGUUAUUGCAUGCAUGUGUAAUAUUAUUAUCCUAUGUUUGUGUCAAGUGUACGUCUAGUGUUUUGAGGUUUUCACGUAUUACUGUAUUAAUUAGUAGUAUUUUCCUAGGGAUAUGGUUUUCAUUUCCAAGUUAUUGGAAUUGUUGGCUUGAUUUGUUUCUAAGUUAAUGGUGUAUUAGUUACUGGCUGAAAAAAUAUUGCUCCUUUUUUUUUUCCUAA